AUGGCAUCCACAGGAGCUCUCCCUCAAACCCUCAAAUCCAUCACAGCGACCAAGAUCUCCGAACUCUCAAAACAACGAGUUCUGUUUGACCAGAGAAAAGAAGAGAUCCUCAUCACCUCCAAAGCUGCACCUGACCUGUACACCCGAGUUCGCAUCCUAGUAGAUGGACUUUCACGCCUAAAGGGGUAUCCCAAAAAUGCCUUGGAUAAAUGCGACUCAGACUUGGGCGACUCCUCCGCCUAUGACUCAGACGACGAACAAGACGUUACAUCCCCAGGCAUGGGCCAGCUAUUCCAAGCCGAUCACACAAACAUUCGCCGUUUCCUCUUCCAAGGUCGCUACGAUGCCUCGAUAUCUGACGUCACCUUGCAUGAGUGGAUCACUCUGCUAGAAAAAGACUUGCGCUUCCUCGAGCUUAAGCAUGAGCAUGCCGAUUUUUACAGCAGACUCGUUACAGAGUGGUUGUCUAACCUGGAAGAUACUGCAAAUGAGAAUGAUGAGUCCACAAAGUCCGACCCCGCGUUUGAGAAUGUGGGCCGUGCAGAGAUGCAUGAGCAGCGCGCCACGUGGGAGAAGUUGGUCUUUAAUGAUGCAAAUGACGUGGACGACAAAACCAUCGAAUCGUACCUUGAUGAUCUGUUCAAGGAGACAAAGCUUUCACGCGAGGCGUUGAAGCAGUUCCGUGAGGGUAUGAAGGAAUUUGGAUCGAAUCUAGCGACUAAAGGAGACUGGCUUGAUACCAAAGAGCUUGAAUGGGUCUCCAAAGCAUUGAUUAAGACCGACCUACUGAGUGAUGAGAAGUCAGCCAUCCUCAAAGAAUUCAUGCGAAACAAGGAAGUUCUUCAGGAGGUCGCCGACGUACUCAAUAUGCGCCUUGCUUCCUUGGAAAACUGGUCAUGGGGCGAAGAUGCGAUCCCCGUUGAGAUGCGUCGCCAACUCAAUGGCAAAUACCGAGUUUUCAUGGACGAAGAUCUACUUGACAGCUUGCUGCUUCAGUAUCUCGGAACAAGAUGGGCUAUUAAAUUUCAGCGACAAGCUGUGAGAUUCUUUGCCCACUUUUCCGGGGAUCCUAUUCAUGCAAACAUCAGUGAAGAACUGAAAGAAAGACGCAAAUAUUUCCUUGGAAGCUCUGGUGAUAAUCAGCGAUUUAGUAUUAAUGACCACAGAAAGAAUCUCUACAAGAGUGACUACUUUAUGAGUCAACUGCCUGAUUCAACUACGGAUGGAGCACGAAGCUACGACGAUGACUCGAAACUCAAGAAUGCACUCGAAAAAAAGCAUUCACUUCUUCACCUGCUAAUCACUGAAUCUAUUAUCCAGAAGGAGCUUCAUGGGGAAUUCACCGCCGUACGAUCUGACUAUCAGUGGUUUGGACCUGCAUUGUCCCAUACCACUAUUCUCACCGUGCUGAAAUACUUCGGUGUUUCUAAGCAAUGGCUUACCUUCUUUAAAAAGUUCCUGGAAGCUCCUAUGAAAUUCACGCAGGAUGGCUCCAAUGCUUCGACACGGGUCCGGACGUGCGGUGUUCCUAUGAGCCACACGCUUUCCGAUGUAUUUGGCGAGUCUGUUCUCUUCUGCAUGGACUAUGCUGUCAACAAAAAGACGAACGGUGGCUUUUUGUACCGCCUUCAUGACGACUUCUGGUUCUGGGGCAGAGAGGACACCUGUGAGAUCGCUUGGCUCUCCAUGGUUGAGUUUGCGAAGGUUAUGGGCUUGACGUUCAAUACAGAGAAGACCGGAUCAGUCCACAUGUCAACCCAGUACGAUGGGGAAAGCCAAGUCCUCCCGAAAGGCGAUAUCCGCUGGGGAUUCUUGGUUCUCGAUGCGAAGCAGGGGAGAUUCGUCAUUGAUCAAAAGUCAGUCGACCUGCAUAUCAAAGAACUAGAUGUUCAACUGAAGUCCUGCAAGAGUGUCUUCCAAUGGGUCCAGGCCUGGAAUGGCUACUUCGGCCGGUUUUUCGCCAACAAUUUUGCUAAACCGGCCAUGUGCUUCGGAAGAGACCACAUCGACAUGGCAGUUGAGACACUCAGUCGUAUUGAACGCACUCUCUUUUCUGAAUCAAGCGCAUCUUCCACUUCAGUCAAUGUCACUGGCUACCUUCGAGCAGUGAUUGCAGAACGUUUCAACAUCCAUGAUCUGCCCGAAGGAUUCUUCUACUACCCUGUGGAAUUGGGUGGUCUCGGACUCCUGAACCCAUUUGUCCGCCUCCUCGCCAUGCGCGAGAACAUCAAGCAAAACCCUCGGAAGCGACUUGAGAGAGCCUCUCUAGAAGACGAGCGAGCUUACAAUAAUGCCAAAGACAAAUUCGAGCGGGACGGUCCUACCACAAGCAUUACCCUGAAGGAAUCAGAUGGCACUCCUCCCCCCUUCAUGUCUCUGGAAGAGUAUUGCAAGUACCCAGAAGUCUGGAGUAGGUACCUGACCGGUGCCUACGAGAAUCUUCUCCAGGUUCCUGAGGAAAAGGGCGUUUCUCCUAGUGGAAGUUUCCUCAAGAAUCAGACUGGAUUGAAGGGAUCUACUCGGCAGUCGGAGAAGAAGGGUGAUAUUUCGGCUGACUGGAGCAAGAUGACGCCUUAUUGGCGAUGGGUUGCUGAAAUGUAUCAUUCUGAGAUGGUGGGGACUUAUGGAAGCUUGGCGGCUGUUAAUCGGGAGUUUAUGCCGUUGGGAGUUGUGAAGACUCUCAAGGAGGGUCGUUUCCGGUGGAGAGGUUGA